CAGCAACUGACAUCGCCUGGAUUGCGUGAUCCUGCACCAUCGCAAAACUGUUAUAAGCCUUUUGCUCAUUCGUCAUAUGCAGUCACUAUCCACCUUUCCUCCUGCUUUUACAGGCUCGUGCGGCCUUCGCAGACACCAGUAUUCGCGAUUUGAAAAGCAGGUCAAAUAGAACUAGCGAUGGCCAACUCUCCGCACGGCGGUGUCCUCAAGGACCUUCAUGCUCGCGAUGAGCACAUCCGUGCUCAGCUCAAGGAGGAAGCCCUGAUAUUGAAUGACAUCGUUCUCACCGAGCGUCAGCUAUGCGAUCUAGAGCUCAUCAUGAACGGGGGCUUCAGCCCUCUGGAAGGUUUCAUGAACGAAAAAGACUACAAAUCAGUCGUCGACUCCCUCCGCAUCGCCGAUGGAUCGCUCUUCCCUAUUCCUAUCACGCUCGACGUCUCCCGUGAAGAUAUCGAGAAGCUGUCGAUUGCGCCAGGCGCUCGGCUAGCUCUCCGCGACCCCCGAGAUGACGAGGCCCUCGCUAUUCUUACCGUUGAGGAUAUCUACCAGCCGGACAAGGUCAAGGAGGCCAUCGAGGUCUUUGGCGCCGACGACCCCGCCCACCCUUCUGUCGCUUACCUUCGCAGCAAGGUCAAGGACUUCUACGUCGGCGGCAAGGUGCAAGCCAUCCAAGCCCCCGUCUACUUUGACUAUGUCGCCCUCCGCUACACCCCCGCCGAGCUCCGUGCCCACUUCAAGAAGCUGUCCUGGCGCAAAGUCGUCGCCUUCCAGACGCGCAACCCGAUGCACCGCGCGCACCGCGAGCUGACCGUGCGCGCCGCGCGCCAGCGCCAGGCGAACGUGCUCAUCCACCCCGUCGUCGGACUCACCAAGCCCGGCGACGUCGACCACUACACGCGCGUGCGCGUGUACGAGGCCAUCAUGGCAAAGUACCCCAAUGGUAUGGGCCACCUCGCGCUCCUGCCCCUGGCGAUGCGCAUGGCGGGCCCGCGCGAGGCGGUUUGGCACGCGCUCAUUCGCAAGAACUUUGGCGCGACGCAUUUCAUUGUUGGAAGGGAUCAUGCGGGGCCGGGGAAGAACUCGCAGGGCAAGGACUUUUAUGGCCCGUACGACGCGCAGGAUUUGGUGACGAAGUAUAAGGAUGAGCUGCAGAUCGAGAUGGUGCCGUUCCAGCAGAUGACGUACCUGCCCUCGACGGAUGAGUACCAGCCGGUCGACGAGGUGCCCAAGGGCGUGCAGACACUGGAUAUCUCUGGCACGGAGCUGCGCAAACGCCUUCGGACGGGUGCGCCUAUCCCAGAUUGGUUCAGCUACGAUGCUGUUGUGAAGACCCUCCGCGAGAGCUACCCCCCGCGCAACAAGCAGGGCUUCGUGAUCUUCCUCACGGGCCUGCACAACUCGGGCAAGGACAACAUCGCGAAGGCGCUGCAGACCGCGCUGAACCAGCAGGGCGGGCGCAGCGUCUCGCUGCUCCUCGGCGAGACCGUGCGGCACGAGCUCUCGUCCGAGCUCGGGUUCACGAAGGAGGACAGGAGCAAGCACCUGCAGCGCAUCGCGUUCGUCGCGGCGGAGCUCACGCGCGCGGGCGCGGCCGUCAUCUGCGCGCCCACGGCGCCGCAUGAGGAUGGGCGUCAGGCUGCGAGGGAAACGAUUAUCCAGCAGGGCGGGAGCGGGGGCAACUUUUUCUUGGUGCAUGUCGCGACGCCGCUGGAGCACUGCGAGAAGACGGACAGGAAGGGGAUGUAUAAGCGGGCGCGGGCGGGCGAGAUCAAGGGCUUCACGGGUGUGGAUGACGUCUAUGAGACGCCGAGCAAGGCGGAUUUGACGGUGGAUGUGACGAAGCAGAGUGUGCCGGAGAUUGUGCACAGCAUUAUCCUGCUGUUGGAGACUGGCUCGCUGCUAUAGGGGCAAGCCGUUCGGGCUUCUUGGUUAAAUCAUUCUCAUCCCUUCCUGCAUCUCUAGACUGCACUGCAUUAUCUUGGCUUUAUUUAUUGCAUUUACUUACCGGUCCUACAAUGAGAUGUACGCCUACAGUGUACUCAAUAAAUUGGAUUCUCAGAAUU